AUGAAAUACAGAUUGAAAUUUACGGCAGCAAUAUUAUUUGGAAAAAUAUUACGCAAUAUGUCGUCACAAAUUGUAUACCAACACAAAAAGUUCGCUGCUAAAGCUGAAGACUACACUCACAAGAAAUUUGGAAAGCAUACAAACAAGCGUAAGCAUGACGAGUUGGAGGAGAAGGAAAAUGUCAGCCCAAUUACUGCACAAACUAUAUUGGACUUAAAAGCACAAGAAGUUAAUCAAAUGGAGAAACCUUUACCCAAGAGGAAACAAACUAAAGCUUUGUUCAGACCCUGGUUGGUGGAAAGUGAUAAGAAAAAGGAACAUACAUCAACUCCCUUAAAUGCCACCAAUAACAAUAUCCUGCCUCAACAGCAUAAUGCCACACUGGAACAACAGAAACGCAGGCGCAACCAUUUAGAUCAUCACAAUCAUCAGCAGCAACAAUUGGCUCAACAGUUGCGUUUGCAACAACUUCAACAAUAUAACGUCUAUCAAUAUUAUCAAGCUGCUGUAAUGCAACAAAAUCUGUAUUUAAGACAUUUGCAACAGUUGGCUUUACAACGACAAGGACAGUUAUUUGUUUUUGGUCAACAAUAA